AAAUAGCGGGAGAGACUCUGUUUUGAAGCACGCACAGGCACAGAAGAAAAAGGAAAAUAAAAAAAAAAUUUGAAGAACCAAAAAAGAGAGACGAAGAAGAACACUCUAGAAGCUGAACCAGAGGAGAGCGACCGCCAUGGCCAAGCCAAGGUGUUUCUUGGACAUCAGCAUCGGCGGAGAACUGGAGGGAAGAAUCAUCAUCGACCUCUAUUACGACGUCGUUCCCAAAACCGCCGAGAAUUUCAGGGCUCUUUGCACCGGCGAGAGAGGCAUUGCUCCCAACACCGCCGUUCCCCUCCAUUUCAAGGGUGUCUGCUUUCAUCGUGUAAUCAAAGGAUUUAUGAUUCAAGGUGGGGAUAUUUCUGCUGGUGAUGGUACUGGUGGGGAAUCUAUCUAUGGUUUGAAAUUUGACGACGAAAAUUUUGAACUGAAACACGAAAGAAAAGGAAUGUUGUCUAUGGCUAACUCUGGUCCCAACACAAAUGGGUCUCAAUUUUUCAUAACAACUACACGUACACCUCAUUUGGAUGGAAAGCAUGUGGUCUUUGGGAGGGUGGUGAAAGGAAUGGGUGUUGUUCGUUCAAUUGAACAUGUUAUAACUGGUGAGAAUGAUUGCCCAACUCUUGAUGUCAUAAUUGCGGAUUGUGGAGAAAUCCCUGAAGGGUCGGAUGAUGGAAUAUCAAAUUUUUUCAAAGAUGGUGAUGCCUAUCCUGAUUGGCCAGCUGACCUUGACCAGAGUCCUUUUGAACUAUCUUGGUGGAUGGGCGCUGUGGAUUCUAUUAAGGCUUUUGGUAAUGAACAUUUUAAGAAGCAAGAUUACAAGAUGGCUCUCAGAAAGUAUAGGAAGGCUUUGCGUUAUCUUGAUAUUUGCUGGGAGAGAGAAGGGAUUGAUGAAGAGAAGAGUUCGAGUCUGAGGAAGACCAAGUCGCAGAUAUUCACGAACAGCUCUGCUUGUAAACUGAAGUUGGGGGAUCUAAAAGGAGCAUUAUUGGACACUGAAUUUGCAAUGCGUGAAGGGGAUAACAAUGUAAAAGCCAUGUUCCGCCAAGGUCAGGCUUAUAUGGCUCUYAAUGACAUCGAUGCUGCAGUUGAAAGCUUUAAGAAGGCAUUGGAUUUGGAACCAAACGAUGCUGGGAUAAAGAAAGAGCUGGCUGCUGCUAAGAAAAAGAUUUCUGAUAGACGUGAUCUGGAGAGGAAAGCAUAUAGCAAGAUGUUCCAAUAAGAUUUCGCUAUCCAAUGGUUUUUUUUUUUUUGGAAGCAGAUGAAAGAGAAUCAGAGACCCAGUUCCUAACGGUUAGUUCAACUGUACAAAACUGAAGUUUGUACCAAUGGCAUUCAAAGAGGAAAAUAUAUAAACAAACAGUAGCUUUAGUGAUUUUAAAACGGAUUCUGAUCAAUUUUGUUUAAAUGAUGGUUAGCUAUAUUUUGUUGAUGUAAUCUUGAACUUGGAUUGUAGUUAAAUGAAAUCAUUUUCCAUUUA